AUGAAGUGGACGUUUAACCGAAACUUCCGAUUCCUUGGCUCGCAGCUUUCCCGCCAAGAGGAAUCUCCAUCGUCCCACCUCAAUCUCAUUCAGCAGCUCCGGAACUGCAACGAUGUCCGAUCAGUAUCCUCCGUUCACUGCAGCUUCUUCAAAUCUGGGCUUUCAAAAAGCGACACUUUUGCGGCCAACCAUCUCGUCAAUGGCUACGUCAGGCUCCGGGAAAUCAGCCUUGCGCACCGCCUGUUCGACGAAAUGCCUGAACCAAAUGUCGUCUCUUGGACCUCCCUGAUGGCUGGCUAUGUGGUUGCCGGUCAAGCCGGGCUCGCUCUGGGAAUGUACGUGAAGAUGCUGGAGACGUCAGUUAAGCCGAAUGACUUCACUGUUUCCACGGUGGUCAAAGCCUGUUCGAUUCUGGCAGAGCUCGAAGCCGGGAAGAAGAUCCACGCCCAUGCUGAAGUCAUGGGGUACGGAACCGACCUUGUGGUAUGCUCUUCGUUGGUUUGCAUGUAUGGGUACUGCAACGAUGUUAAUGGGGCCAGGUCGGUUUUCGAUUCCAUGGAUCACAGGAACAUUGUUACCUGGACUUCAAUGAUAGCGGCCUAUGCACAGAAUGGCAGAGGAAGUGAAGCUCUUGAAGUUUUCAGGCUUUUCAAUUCCAUGGUGAGGGUACGUGCAAACGAUUUCAUGUUGGCAAGUGUGAUCAGUGCUUGCUCGAGCUUGGGGAAGCUUGUUGCAGGGAGAGCAUCGCAUGGAGCAGUGAUUCGAGGUGGGCAUGAGGUAAACGAUGUUGUCACGAGUACACUUGUCGAUAUGUAUGGCAAAAGUGGAUGCUUUGAUUACUCAUGGAAGAUUUUCAAGAGAAUCCCUAACCCUUCUGUGGUGGAGUACACUUCGAUCAUAGUUGGUGCUUCCAAGUAUGGACUUGGGAAGUUAUCAAUCGAACUCUUCGAAGAGAUGGUCGAGAGAGGGGUCAAUCCAAAUGAUGUCACAUUUGUUGGAGUUUUGCACGGAUGCAGCCAUUCUGGUCUUGUGGACGAAGGCCUAGGGUUUCUGAACUCCAUGCUCGAGAAGCAUGGAGUAGAACCCGAGGCAAAGCAUUAUACCUGUGUAGUGGACAUGUACUGUCGAGUGGGUCGUCUCGAUGAGGCUCACAAGCUAGCCAAGUCGAUCCACGUGGAAAACCCGGCGGAGGGGGCUCUCCUUUGGGGCACCCUGCUAUCAGCCAGCAGGCUCCAUGGCCGGGUGGACAUUGCUCAGGAAGCUAGCAGGCGAUUGAUCGAGUCCAACCAACAGGUGGCAGGCGCAUACGUGACGUUGUCAAAUGCAUGUGCAUCGACAGGAGAAUGGGAGAUCGCUCAUGGUUUGAGGUCCCAGAUGAAGCAAGCUGGCGUAGUGAAGGAUCCUGGGUGCAGCUGGGUCGAGAUUCGUGAUUCCACAUUCGUGUUUCACGCAGGUGAUCUUUCGUUCGAGAGAGGGGAGGAUGUAUUGAGACUGCUGAGAGAGUUGGAAGGCAGGAUGAAGGAGAGAGGGUACGCGGGAGGGAGUCUCGGUUUGGUCUUCUUUGAGGUGGAACAGGAGGCCAAGGAAGAGAUUGUGAGCCUCCAUAGUGAGAGGCUGGCUCUGGCCUUUGCUCUGAUUGUGAUACCUAAAGGGAUCACGAUUAGGGUUAUGAAGAACUUGAGGAUGUGCAAGGAUUGUCAUGAAGCGUUCAAGGCGAUCAGUGGAAUUGUAGAGAGAGAUUUCAUUGUGCGAGAUGUCAACAGGUUUCACCAUUUUAGGGAUGGAUCUUGCAGUUGUGGGGAUUUUUGGUAA